CCCACGCUUCUGGAAGUCUCUCACUUCUACUCUGGGCCAAACAAACCCUAGUUGUCUCGGGUUUAACAGAAAUAAAAAAUCGGAGGUUAAAUUAAAAUCCUGCACUUUAGCGUGCAGUAUAUUUAUCACUUACCCCAAAAAGCCUAAAUCUUUUUGUUCGUUCGACGCUAACUCAUUUCCCCUACUCUUUAAUGGCGCCGAAAAUCUUGUUUGCAGUCUUAAACAAGACCCGAACUUUAACGGCCAAUGCACUCUUCGCGAGAACGUUCUCAUCGCCUGCAAGCGCAAGCAAAAGAAACGACCUGUUCGCAAGAAUCAGUCCUUUACGAAAACCAGGAGUCAGUGUCGUCCCGGUUCUUGAUGAGUGGGUUCAGGAAGGCAAAAGGGUAAAUGAAUUGGAGCUGCAGCGCAUCAUCCGGGACCUACGCGCGCGGAAUCGGUACGGUCAUGCUCUGGAGAGCAGGUUUCUGAAUGGAUGAGUAACAAUGACCUCAAAUUCACAUCAGGUGACCAUGCUGUGCAGUUGGAUCUGAUUGGUACUGUUCGGGGCGUGGAGUCUGCAGGGAGCUACUUCAGUAGCUUGAGAGAUGAAUAUAAAACGGAAAAGACUUAUGGUGCUCUUCUAAAUUGUUAUGUAAGGGAAGGUCUUAUUGAUAAAUCUCUAUCCAUUUUACAGAAGAUGAGGGAAAUGGGUUUUCUUUCCUCUUCUCUCAACUACAAUUGCAUUAUGUGCCUGUACGCAAAAACUGGUCAAUUUGAAAAGGUUCCUGAAGUGUUUUCAGAGAUGAAGGAGCAUGGAAUCAACCCAGACAAUUACAGCUACAGACUCUGCAUGACUUCUUAUGCAUCAAGAUCCAAUCUUGAUGGCGUGGAGAAAGUUCUUCAAGAAAUGGAGAGCAAACCGCACAUCUCUAUGGACUGGCUUACUUAUUCCAUGGUGGCCAACUACUAUAUAAAAUCUGGUCUGAAUGGAAAAGCACUUCAUUAUCUGAGGAAAUGCGAGGAGAAAGUAGAUAAAGAUGCAUUGGGCUAUAAUCAUUUAAUUUCAUCCUAUGCUAGUCUUGGAAAUAAAGAUGAAAUGAUGAGAUUCUGGAGGCUUCAGAAGGCUGCUUGUAAGAAGCAAAUCAACAGGGAUUACAUUACAAUGCUUGGUUCUUUAGUGAAAAUUGGUGACAUUGAAGAAGCUGAGGAGUUACUCAAGGAGUGGGAGUCAUCGUGUCAAACCUUUGACUUCCGAGUCCCAAAUAUUCUCCUUAUUGGGUAUUCCCAAAAAGGGUUGGUUGAGAAAGCUGAGGCUGCAUUACGGGACAUAGUAAGAAGACAGAAGAAUGCCAUUCCCAUUCCGAAUAGUUGGGCUAUUAUAGCAGCAGGAUAUGUAAGUAAGAACAACAUGGAGAAGGCAGUUGAGUGCUUCAAGGAAGCUUUAGCUGUAGAGGCAGAAAAUCCAGGGUGGAGGCCAAAACUCCCAUUGAUUUCUAGCUUAUUGAGUUGGCUCGGUGAUUAUGGAGAUGUUGAAGAAGUAGAAGCUUUUGUGAAGUUAUUGAACACUAAGGUUCCGAGAAGUAAGGAAAUGUAUGAUGCCCUGAUGAAGGCAUACAUCAGAGCCGGAAAAGAUGGGCAUGUUAAUACGUUGAAAUCAGCUCUUCAUCUUUUUAAUUAAGGUGUAAUCAACUACAUGUUUCAAUUGCCUCCAAUUUUAUACUUUUAUUUAAAGCCCCAUUAUUUUGGGUUAAAUUUGACC